GUGAGGGCUGCGCGGGGCGUGUCUAAGCUUUGAUUGACGUCUGUCCUUGAGCUCCCGAGAGAAAUUAACCGAGCUUGUGUUGCUGUGGAAAGAGUGAGAAACGACGGGGAGAAGAGCGGCAGAUGUGAGGAGGGGAAACCGGUCCUGCCGGACACGGUCUUCAGGGAGAAGUUAGGCGCUUCGAGGUUUGGAGAGGAGGAGACCCGCCAGGAGUGAACGCACCUCCUCCGGCGGGCGAAGAAGUGUUUCAGUGCGUGUUUUAGCUGACCCGGCUGUGUGAGCAGCGCACAGACUGAUGUAGGAGAGCUAGCUAAAGUUACCCCGCGGGCACAAACACACACACACACACACACACACACGCGCGCGCGCGCGAGGCUUCCUGAAAUAUUCCGACCAGCUCGUGUUCAGCCUGUCCGCAGCGAGGUGUGUGUUCGGCGGUGCACAGUUCAGUGAAGUCCGCCUGUUUUCUAACGCCGCUGGUUAAACGCGCUGGAGCUCCGUUCAUCUCUCUCUGUGGAGGUCUGUCUGUCUGUCUGUCUCUCUGCCUGACUGUCUCACUUCAUGGCCCUGAACGCGGACGGAUUACUGCAGAUCGGCUCCUCCAGCGACAGCUUAACCCCACACACUGAUGGACUCUGGGGCUGAGUGACUGAGUGAGUGAGUGUGGGGUGAGUAUGAAGUGUGGAGACUGUGUGAGGACCUGAGCCUAAACUUGACCCUCACCAUGGACCAGAAGAGGAAGGAGGAGAACGGGACAGGCUCACCAGCACAGCCGCAGCUCCGCAUCAACGUGCCGAGCACAGCAAGAGAAAGAAUUCCCAGUGUGGACCCGUAUGGAUUCGAGAGAUCUGAUGACUUUGACUACGAGACCUAUGAGGAGCUCAUGUCGGAGUACUUGGCCGUACUCACCAGAAGGUCCAUCAAGUGGUCAAAAAUGCUGCAGGGGAGGAGUCGAGUUGAGAAGAAUCUGAAGGUAAAACGUUACGUACGGAAGGGAGUCCCGAAUGAGCACCGGGCUUUGAUCUGGAUGGCAGCGAGUGGCUCUCAGGAGCAGAUGGAGAAGAACCCAGGCUACUACCAGUCACUGCUUCAAGCCCAACAUGACCCUAAACUGGUGGAGGCCAUUCGCACAGAUUUGCACAGGACCUUUCCAGACAAUGUGCAGUUUCGGAAGACAGCCAACCCGUGCCUGCAGAAGACCUUGUAUAAUGUACUGCUAGCCUAUGGACACCACAACAAGGCAGUGGGGUACUGUCAGGGGAUGAACUUCAUUGCUGGGUACCUCAUCAUCAUCACCAAAGAUGAAGAGAAGUCCUUCUGGUUGAUGGAGGCCCUUAUAGGCAGGAUACUUCCAGAUUACUACACACCAGCCAUGUUGGGCCUGAAGACAGACCAGGAGGUGCUGGGCGAGCUGGUGAAGGUUAAAGUGCCGGCUGUGUGGCAGGCCAUGACUGAGCACAACGUCAUGUGGACACUGGUGGUGUCGCGCUGGUUCAUCUGCCUCUUCAUCGAUGUCCUGCCUGUAGAGACGGUUCUGCGGAUCUGGGACUGCUUGUUCUACGAGGGAUCUAAGAUCCUGUUCCGCGUGGCGUUGACUCUGAUCCGCCACAACCAGGACCUCAUCCUGCAGGCGCGGAACCUUCCAGACAUCUGCGACCGCUUCAAACAGAUCACCAAGGGCGCCUUUGUGGAGGACUGCCACACUUUUAUGCAGAAAAUUUUCAAAGAACCUGGCAGCCUCUCCAUGGCAACCAUCACCAAGCUGCGGGAGGCCUGUCGAGCGCAGAUUAUGGCUGAAGAAUCCUGACCCUGUCCCAAACCCCCACCCCUCCUCCCCAACGCUCCAAGCAUUCCAGACUCAUUUGCACUGUCCUACUAUACUGAGACUGUUUAGAGUCUGUUAUUUAGUUCCUACAUGACAAAAUGAAGAUACAGGGGACUUUUUUUCUUACAUUGUUAGAUGUAGCCUGUUCCGUAACCUAGAACUCUACAACGAGUAGCUGGGGCCACAUUGAGUAAGACUGUAUGUUGCUCAGAUUGUACAGAGCAAUAAUUGCUGAUUUACUAUCACACCCACUGUAGUGAAUUGUAUCUCUGUGCAAUAUUCAGCUUUUAAACAUGGCCUAGAUUUGCUUAAAUGGACUUGCUGUCAGUUUUGGGAGUCUUAUCUCAGAGACCUGCUCUAAUAUAAUAUAUCGCUGUUGUCGGAAGAAGACCUUGUAUCUCCAAAAUAAGAACAGGAAAAGAAGGAGAAACCUUCUUUACUUUUAAUGUCAAUGGAACCAGAA